UGCUAAUGGCAAGUCUUUAUUCAAUAAAUUCGACUGCCAAAGUGCAGCUCUAGUAAUGUCUUGAACGGAUUGUGGGAAAGUCAGUGUUUUGGAAAAAACAAUUUAAAAAGUGGGCGAUUUGUUACUACUUUUGUGAUAUUGAAAACAUUUUUGAUUGUUUUACUAAUAGUUAGUGGAUAAAAAAUAUUAUGCAUAUUUCGCAACAAUAAAAAUGCAUUUUUCUAUUCCUGAUUUGCAACAAUUUCACGACGACAAUGGAAUCUCUUACACGGGCUACAACAUACAUAUUGAUGGAGUAUUCCACUGCACAGCUAGGUACAAACAGCUGCUCAGCCUUCAUGAGCAGUUACAAGGUCAAAAUCCCUAUGUUAAACUGCCACAAUUUCCACCCAAAAAGUUAUUUCUCACCAACUCGCAGCUAGAAGAAAGGAGGGUCUCGUUGGAAAAGUAUAUGCAACUAGUCGGCCAGAAUCCAUUGUUCACAACAUCAGAUCUUCUGGUAACAUUCCUGUUCUCGGCUCAACAAGAAACGCAUGGUGUAAAGAUGCAUGAGGUAGAGAUUGAAAUAUCACUGAUGAAUGGUUACAGAAUACCAUUGUCAGUCUCUUCUACUGAUUCAUCAAACACAAUAUUAGACAUUGUAUGCACCCAACUAAACCUGCCAAAGGAGCUGGUAAAAUACUUUUCCUUAUACCUUUUUAAUUGGAGCUGUGCAAAAGAUGGACAACCAGCAUUAAAAAAAUUGGAAGAAUAUGAAUCUCCUUACAUAUCUCAAAAGUAUGUUAGGCCAGAAGAUAAAAUUGUUUUGAGGAAAAGCUACUGGGAUCCUUGUUAUGAUGUUGAUUUAAUGAUAGACAGGGUGUCUUUGGACCUAUUGUACCUGCAAACUAUAGAAGACUUGGACUUAGGAUGGAUUACAGCAGACCCACAAACUAGAGACAUGCUAUCAUCAUACAAAUCUAAGAAACAAAAGAGAGAGGUAGUAUGUAGAACUAGCAAAGUCGUUACGCCACUAUGGGAGGAUACCAGCAGGGGAGGCGGUGACGGAGCUGAAAAACGUGACAGACGGGGCUCCGGAAGGCACUUGUCGAGUUCGCGUGUCCCUCGCUUCGAAGGAGCUUACGCUGCUCAGCCUCACGCCGCCUGCACGAGAACAGCGAUACAAAGUUACCAGGAUGCGAUGCUGGAGGAUCACUACUCUUCAUACUAUUGAAAGGCCGCCAGCUCAAAAUGGACACGGUGCCCUUCUAGAGGAUUCUAACAGGAACUUUGAGUUGUCAUUUGAAUAUCUCAUCAGUAAGGACAACUUGAAGUGGAUUACUUUGAGGACAGAACAUGCGACGUUCAUUAGCGUCUGUUUACAGUCAAUCGUGGAUGAAUUGAUGCGCCAGAAAGCAGGCGAGGGCCCAGCAUCACCGCGGUGCAAUAAGCGAGGCAGCCUGACGUACAUGCGACGCGACGGCUCCAGUCAAGUCAUCACACCAUCUUCCUCCAGCGAUACGCUCAGCUCUACUAACGGAGACUCUGGUACCUCCGGUAGUUCGAGAGAGAUAUUUUCUGUGCAGAAGUUGACAGAAAAGUUUACGACUGUCUCCUUCAAGCCCGGCAGAGAGUGCGUCGAGAACAACGCGUUCGAAGCCAUAGGAGACGAGGAACUGUAAGGGCUACAACACUCGAAUUUAAAUACAAUAAUGUUUUCCAAAGAAAAAUUAUUACUCGGAAACAAAGUUGCCAAUAAUUAUGUGUAGAGAAAAUUGUAAAAAUUGUAAACAUAUUUGCAUUUUUUCGUAUUUUGUACAAAAUAUUUUUUUAUCUAAUUGUCUUUUUAGAUAGUUUAUACAUUUUACCUAACUAUAAUCUACUAUGUAGUGUGUGUUGCAAGCAUUCAUAGGCCACGGUAACCACUUACCAUCAGGUGGGCCGUGCGCUUUUCUCGCCACUGUAGUGGUAUAAAAAAAAAGUCGGCAAUGAACUCUGUAUAUCAUAUUGUACGUCAUAUCAAUAUUGUUGAACAGUCUACAUACUUGCCAUAUUAUGUAAGUAUAUUUUCUAGUUACUAAGUAACAUUAUUUUUGUAUCUUUUAACGUUUUGCUCAUGAUUUUCUCAAUAAUUGUUUAUUGUAUUUUAUUAUAAGUAAAAGACAUCGCAUAUAUCAGUUUUCGGAUCUUCUUAGAAAUACUUUGGCAGACGCAGACAUAAUCAGAAAUUGAAACCGACCGAGAAAAUGGCAGUCCGUCCGUCAGAUUACUCGCAUAAAAGCAAAAACUAUAAACUCAUAGAAGUUAAUGGUUUAUAUCAUGAAAUGAAAUAAUAAAAAUAUUUCUUAUUCCAUCAUUAUUUACUCGAAAAAAAACUGAUUUUCUUAUAAGUAAUUCCUAAUCAAAAGACUAUAAAUAUAUUCUGAGACUAUACAUUACUUUUAUUCUGUAGUGGAAAGUUUUGAAUGCAUGUGUAAUUAAUAAUUAUUAGUUGGAUAUCUACAGGUUUUUCCAAUAGUACCCUGUAUUAUCAGUAGUGAAUUAUGGCCAUUAAACCAUAAUCGUAUGCAUGUACUUCGUAGAAUAAAUUCAAGAUCUCGCCCGAUUUUAUAUUACAAUUUGUCAUUAUAUUAUCCAAUCUGAACCAAUAAAAUUAUUACUAUACAUAUACCAUAGUAGAAUAGUUCGUAGGGAUUUUAGUGGUACAGUACGUAAGUAAUCAGAUUAAACAUAACAAAUACACAAUUAUAUCGAACAAAAAUAUAAUAUGUCGUCGUAAUAAAUGUUCUCUUGUUCAUAGCAUACAUUAGAUUUAAACUUUAGAUUCUGUGAAUAUUACAAAUGCAUUUUUAUUAACUUCUCUCUGUAUAAGGCUACAAGGUCGUUUUUACAAUGUCUCUACUGCUUUUCUAAAUGUCUAUUUAAAUAAUGUUGUAGAUGAAUUACAUAAUGGAUGUUUGUACAGAACUUAAUAGAAACUGAGUCAUUCUAAAGUUUAGGGCUUAAAAUUCUUUUGAAUUAUCUGCUUUACUGAAGAAAAAUGUUAAUAUUACUCUCAAUCUAGCUCUCUUCCUUUUAUAGGUAGCCCAAUAGUGCCCAAUGUAAUUGUACUAUUCCCUGUGGUAAUUUAGAAGUGUUGAGAUUGGACAAGGUUUUUAUCAGACUAUACUAAUGUAUGCUAACAUCAUACUGUAUGAAUGCAAACGAUCAUAAAUGUAUUGAAUGAAAUAAAAAAAAAUGAACCCACAACUGGACCUUGGGGUACUCCUAAGAUAUUACUUUGUAUUCCAUUAAUAGUUUUAUUAUUACAAUUUCGAGAUUAUCAAUGACUUUUUUGGCUGGCUCCAAUAGCAUUUUCAUAAGUAUACGUUUUUUGUUGAAUAAAGUAUGUAUCAUAUCAAGUGCAAUAAGUUUAUAAUAACUUACGGUCACACUUUGUUUUAUAUCAGUAAGUUUUAGUAAUUUAAUGUAAAUGCGGUUGUCUUAAUUCAUAUCACGUCUUCAAUUUUUUUAAAUAGGUCCUUGAAUUUUUUUAUUUAUAUAAAAGUUAAUUGGAAUAAAAUCUCACUUGUUACAUGGUAAAACUAUAAUACACUGUUUUAUACUCUUGAAUUGAUCUUUAUUUAUUUAUUAUUGAUCAUAGUGUAUUAGAGAAUUUGUUUUUAUAUAGAUUUUAUUGUGACAUGUGUUAUGAUCAUAAUUAUCUCGUUUAAUUUACUUGAAAUAUUGCCAACUGUUGAUAUGAAAAGGUGGAAUUUAAUAUUGUUGUUAUGAAAAGUCGUGUUAUUUUAAAAGGGACCACAUAUUUAUGUAAUAUACAUAUUAUUAUAUUGUAAUUUUAAAUUAUCUUUCUUAGUGGCCAUAAUAUAUUUUGUUGCCAUACUUUGUUUUUUUUUCUUGAAAUUAUUAUAUUACAUUCUUCGAAUUCUGUAUUUUAUUUUGUAUUUUGUGAAAAAUAAAUUUGUUUUUAUUAUACAUAUGUUUCAUUGUUAUUGAACUGAGGUUAUUUGUAAAAUUACGCAGUUCUCAGGAUACAGAUUCCUUGUCCCUUCUAAAAACUUUUAUGAGGGAUAUUGCAUCUGCACAAAAAGCAAAAGCUUCCAAUAUUAAAGUUAAUUUGCAGUCUAGAAAAUAAAAUUAGUUUGUAAUAAAAAAGAAAUUAGAGAGAAUACAGUUACUUCAGAUGAAUCAUUUAAUUAGCCUUGCAGAUAUUUUGACGUAGUAGCAUACAACUUUGAAUAAAUAAAAUAUAAAUAUAGGGGGAAAAUUAUUUACAAAUUGAACGAUGCUAAAUUUAUUUAAAUAAUAAUACACCAAACAUUACAACAACUGCUAUUUAAUAGUUCUUCUCCCAGUUUUCUUUCUCUAGUCUCUCCUUCUUCACUUGGUCUACAAUAGGUGAGAGGUAGAGCUGGUCCUCCUCCCAUUUAGUCCACUCUUCUUUGGGGAGGAUGGUCUUGGUGAGAGACAGUUGCAGGGCACGUACAAUGCGGAAGUUGCGUUCAUCAACAACAUGUUGUGGGAGGCGGCGGAGUGCCUCCGUCACAUCCUCGGUCUCAUGAAGACAGUCAUCACGAAGGAGACCUGUAUUUGUUAAAACCAGACAUAUUGUAGGCCCAUCUCUUCAUGUUGCUUAGUACAACACUGGUGGUUCUAAAAGCCAUAUUUUUCGAAACUGUGUAAUCUCAGUGCUUGAAAAUAUAAUAUUCGAUCGAACCUCGACCGUGCCUCUCGCGUACAAUUUUCUUCAAUCAAAAAUCACAUUGACAAUUGACAUUAGUACAUUUUGUGACAUUGACAUUUGUAAUCAUACAGUCCAGAGACAAAAAAAAUUAUACUUGCCAAAGAGAAAGAAAAUAAUUCAUUCAUGUUAAUA